UCUGCGGAGGCGCAGCAUGAUGCGGCUGUGGCGUGCGGCGCUGCUGCGGGAGCUGCGGCUGCUCGGCCAGCCGGGGGCGGCCGGCGGCGGGCCCGUGCCCGGGCCCGGCUCUCGCUCCCGGCGCCUUCUGCCGCAGCUCGCCGCCCUGAGCGCCGGCCCCGCCGCCCGCCGCGGUCCGGGCCCGGCGCGGGGUCUGUGCACUCGCUCCGAGGGCGCCCUGGAGGAGCCGGGGAAGGGGGCCCAGCAGCCGGCGGCCCCCGGCGAGCCCCCCGCCGACGGCGGCCGCAACAACAACCACGGCGGCGGCGGCAAGGAGCUGGCCGGAGGCGGCGGCGGGGGGGAGAAACAGGAGUUACAUCUUCGGAGUAAUCCUGAGUCCAAGGGGAACCGGGAGGUUUCCUCUCCCAGAGCUCCGGGACGCCGUAAAGUGAAGCAAGGUCUCCUUCCUAGUUUGGAAGAUCUGCUCUUCUACACUAUUGCAGAAGGACAAGAGAAAAUACCAGUGCAUAAAUUCAUAACUGCACUCAAAUCUACAGGAUUACGUACGUCGGAUCCCAGGUUAAAAGAGUGCAUGGAUAUGUUAAGACUGACCCUUCAAACAACUUCUGAUGGUGUGAUGCUGGACAAAGACCUCUUCAAAAAGUGUGUACAAAGUAACAUUGUAUUGCUUACUCAAGCUUUCAGGAGGAAGUUUGUCAUCCCAGAUUUUAUGUCUUUUACUUCACACAUUGAUGAGCUUUAUGAAAGUGCUAAAAAACAAUCUGGAGGAAAGGUUGCUGACUAUAUUCCACAGCUGGCCAAGUUCAGCCCUGACUUGUGGGGUGUGUCACUUUGCACAGUGGAUGGGCAGAGGCAUUCUAUUGGAGAUACCAAAGUUCCUUUUUGUCUUCAGUCCUGUGUAAAGCCUUUGAAAUAUGCUAUUGCUGUCAAUGAUCUUGGCACAGAGUAUGUGCACAGAUAUGUUGGUAAAGAGCCGAGUGGAUUAAGAUUCAACAAAUUGUUCCUGAAUGAAGAUGACAAGCCUCAUAACCCUAUGGUGAAUGCUGGAGCAAUUGUGGUCACGUCUUUAAUCAAGCAAGGAGCAAAUAAUGCAGAAAAAUUUGACUACGUUAUGCAAUUCAUGAAUAAAAUGGCUGGUAAUGAAUAUGUUGGAUUCAGUAAUGCUACGUUCCAGUCUGAAAGAGAGAGUGGAGAUAGAAACUUUGCAAUUGGCUAUUACUUGAAAGAGAAAAAGUGCUUUCCGGAAGGCACAGAUAUGGUUGCUAUACUGGACUUUUAUUUUCAGCUUUGCUCAAUAGAAGUAACCUGUGAGUCAGCAAGUGUGAUGGCUGCAACUCUGGCUAACGGUGGCUUUUGCCCAAUCACUGGUGAAAGAGUGCUGAGUCCCGAAGCAGUCCGGAAUACCUUGAGCUUAAUGCAUUCCUGUGGCAUGUAUGACUUCUCAGGGCAGUUUGCCUUCCAUGUGGGCCUUCCUGCGAAAUCUGGAGUUGCUGGUGGGAUCCUUCUGGUUGUUCCUAAUGUCAUGGGCUUAAUGUGCUGGUCACCUCCUUUGGACAAGAUGGGCAACAGUGUUAAAGGGAUUCACUUCUGUCAUGAUCUGGUUUCUCUGUGCAAUUUCCAUAAUUAUGAUAAUUUGAGACACUUUGCGAAAAAGCUCGAUCCUCGCCGCGAAGGUGGUGAUCAGCGGGUGAAGUCAGUGAUAAAUCUGCUGUUUGCCGCCUACACGGGGGAUGUGUCUGCGCUCCGGAGAUUUGCUCUGUCAGGGAUGGAUAUGGAACAGAGAGACUAUGACUCACGAACAGCGUUGCACGUAGCAGCUGCAGAAGGACAUGUGGAUGUCGUUAAGUUCCUGCUGGAGGCCUGCAAAGUGAAUCCCUUCCCCAAAGACAGAUGGAAUAACACUCCAAUGGAUGAAGCUUUACAUUUUGGACACCACGAUGUGUUUAAAAUUCUCCAAGAGUAUCAGGUCCAAUACACACCAUCAGAGGAUUCCAAUAAUGGCAAGGAGAACCGAACGGUUCAUAAAAACCUGGAUGGCUUACUAUAAUCAUUCUCAGCUAGAUCCUAAGAAUCCAAUCAGUUACCUAUUUAAUUGUGGUAUACUUAAGUAACAAAGAGCGUGUGUGUUUCUAUCUGAUAGUGGUAUAUAUUUUACAGAAGUCUCUGUUACUUCAGUGUUAUGUUACAGGAGUUUCUAUACGCACAGGACAAAUCCAAUCUCUCUCAAAACGAAAAGAAAAACAAAACCAACUAAGAAUCUCCCUCCAUAAUGUGAGCAAUAUUACCUCAUGCUGCAUAUAAUUGAUGUAUACAAAUAUUUAGCUGUUGUUGGCUUUACUGUGCACUACUUUAAUUUAUUUUUUGUGUUGGAUGUGAACUCUGGUGUGUGGUCAGGAAUUUCUUUUUGCUCAGUUUUUGUUUCUACAGCCCUCUGUUUGCAGUAUGGCCGAGAUGAGCCGGAGUACAGGUGGGAGCAGCAGUGAGGUUUUCGAAAGCUGAGGAUGCUGAUGUAGAUGUAGGCAGGGUGUGUUAGGUAAGGAUCUGCACUCACUUCUUAAAAAACAAAGAAGAUUCCAUGCAAGCUUGUUUACAUUCUGUAAAUCUCAAAAGAGUAUAUAGGUGACAGUUGUCAAAGGUCUUAGGCUUGUUUUUAGAGGUAGUCUCAUUAUGGCAUCUGUUUUAAGGUUUGUUUGACCAAAUGGCACAGAGGAGGGGGGAACGUGAUUUGUAACAUCUACCAGUGUUUAGGUUUUUUUUUUGUUGUGUUGCUUUAGCAUUUCUUUCAGUUCCCCUUGUCUUUCCUCCCUCCUCUCUCCAUGUUCAGCUGCUAAGGUCCUUCCCCGUGGCUGGGGAAAGCGGAUGCUUCCACUCUAUGCAGUCGUGUUCCUUGCAGGUAUAUUUGCACUUGGGUAAGCCUUGACAAGCUGCAAGACUCUGCUUUGGGCUGAUGUUUUUUGUUCUUGGCAGUUGCAUCAGGAACCAGGGAGGGGAAUGCAGGCACGUGAAAGGCAAAACACUAAACCAAAUACUACAUGUAAAUCUGACUACAUUUAGGCUUGUAUGAGGAACACAGAUGGAGUGAAACAGCUUUAAGGAGCACAGAGCCAAUCUAAGCAUGAGCGGAGCAGGAGAUAAGCCAGAUUUUGGGAACGUUCUCUUCUUGCACUGCCAUCCAUCAAGAAUUGGGAUGUCAGUGGGGUUAUGCUGGUGUAGGAUAGGUGCUCAGCAACAGGAGUGCAAUUAGGCGAUGUCUUGGAGCAGUGGCGCUUCUUGUCUUACUGCAGAAGCAGCUUAGCACAUGCUCUGGCAUGGGAAAUGUAGAUGCAGAUAUUUUGUUGUUUGCAGAACUGUGAUGUUCCCUAUCCCACGUGCAAUUGUUUUUACCAAUGCUGUGCUGUGGUUUAGAAACCUCAGAUGAUCAGGGAUUCCAAGUUAAGAGCCUUGCUUUCACAAGACUCCGCAGUUGUUGGACGGAGGUGGAUUUUAAAGGAGAGUCGGUGUGGCACAUGGAAAUCAUGUUUAAGAAUAGCACAAACAGCAGGCUUUAUGCUGGCACAAAACACAAAGCAUCAGUAGAUCUUGAAGUUCAAACUUUGCAUGUGGGCACCAAAAUCCUCCAGAAUCGAUGCACAGAUUCUUUCUAGAGUGGGCCAAGCACUUUAUGAAGAUGAUCCGAAACGCAUUAUCUUUCUUUUGCAAAUCAGAAGCAUUGAGAGAAGUGCAUUCUCCAGAAUGACCCAGAAGGUCAUAACAGCUGAGAAGAAAUCCUCUUGAGAUCCUGUACAGUUCUCUACUCGAUAUGCCAUACUGCCUCCCACAGGGAGGAAAAAUCAAAUGGAAAAGUGCUUGAUACUCAUCACAAGCAGUGGCUGUCCUCAUGCUGAUGAAAUCCUGGAUGAAUCUGAAUGUCUAAAGCCCUGAAAUCACCUUUCUGCACUGGCUGGCAUGGUUUUGCAUGGUUAUCAAACACUUUUUCUGAAGAAUCUUACUGAUAUUAAGCUGCAGUGCUUUUUGUUCUUUUCUUCCUGAAGAUCAGCUAUUUUUCUGAAGGCUUUCAAACAUCAUCUAACCCAUUCUCUUCACAACCUGUGUCACAGCCACCUUAGUUUUAGUUGAGAACUGAAUCCAACGGCCUUUGGCUCUUUAUUGAGCCAGUGACACUGGUCACUGAAUAGCUCAAGGCCUCUUCUCUGCUGCACCCUACGCUAAGUUUCAGCUCGUUUUCUCUGGCAACACAUUUAUUAAGUCAAGCAUAGUGGUGUGAAGUCUUUCACAUGGGCUCUAGUAUCCAGUAUCUUGGUGAUAGUCUGACUUCUUCCAUUUUUCUAUGAGAACAUAUCCUUCAGCUUCUCAGAAAAAUACCUGAUUUCACUGUAUUUAACUGAAACUUGCAUUGCUCAAACAGGCACUUCCAAAAGGUAGGCUUAUUAUAUAGUACACGUAUAUACAAACCUCCCCAAAGCAGCAUUUUAACUGAAUUAACUUAAAAACUCACAGCUGUCCCUAUACUUAAUGCUUUCUAGAUCCUACAGAGUGCUUUUAGCCAGUCUUAGCUUCAAGUGCAUUUCUGCUGGAUAGUUUUAGUAUUUUCUCAUUGUGAGAAGAUGCGUUAUUUUGUAACGUCCGAUUAAGCAAAGCAGCUCUUUAGACAUGGCAUUAUUUAUAAAUAUAUGCAGUAUAUUGGUUUGGCUGUUCAUCAUCUAUGACACUGACACGUAGGUUUUAACGUGAAUAGCUUUUGGUUAUCUUUUCCAGUGCUGACUUCCUUAUGCUCCAAAGAAGAUUCCCUCACACCUUUGUUUUGUCACGUUUCUUCUGUACCACAAACUGAAUUCAGCUAACUUAAUGCUUUGUACUCAGAAAUACUGUGAUAGUCUUAGCAUUAAUUAGCCAACCUUUGUGAACAAAAUGUAUUGUACCGGAUUUUUGUUUUGCUUCAGAGCUGGACUAUCAGUGACUGUACUUAUUGGCAGUGUACUUCUGGACAUUGUAACUGACUGGGCUGAUCUUGACUUCUGGAUUCUGUCUUGUGGGGAACAGACAGUGAUGAAUGUAUUUCUAGCAGUUUCCCAUGAAUGAAUCUAAACUUGAGCUGUACUGGUUCUGAAAAUGAAAGCUAUUUAUUUUAAGAAAUAAAAUCCAGAUAGUGUUGCUUUUUACAGCAUAAUAAAUGGAAAUACCAAGAA